AUGCUUGCCCGAAUACCCGAAUACCCAUGGAGAAAGUUCCCAUUCACAACGUUCAUUGCAAUGCUGUCAGCUGUAUUCACGUUAAUGGUGGAUUCGUAUGCAAUGAGUUGUUACAAAAAGUAUCACGAGAAAACAAAGGAGAACUUGGAAAUGAAGAUCUCCGGUGAUCAUUUCCAUGGCGAUGGAUCAUCUGAGCUUGAUUCUCCGGCGUCACAGUUGGGGAGAUACAGGGUGGUUGCUCAGGUGUUAGAGUUAGGAAUAGUUGUACACUCAGUUGUGAUCGGACUAUCCAUGGGUGCAUCGGAUAAUUUAUGA